AUGAUCGUCGGCGUCUGGGGAGGCCGCAAGGUGCUCGCGGCAUACGCCUCCUCGAUUGGCCCGCACGGCUUCUACACAUCCAAGCGCAAGACCGAAGACGACUUCCAGGUCAGGCUGUUCGUCGCCAACCGGGAUUUGCCCCUGUUCCUCGGCAUCGGGUCAAUGACCGCAACUUGGGUUGGAGGCGGCUACCUGAACGGCACCGCCGAAGCUGUCUACAAGUACGGCAUCAUCAACUGCCACGCUCCGAUUGGCUACGCGAUGAGCUUGGUUCUCGGUGGUGCCUUCUUCGCGACCAAGAUGCGGCUGUCAGAUUCGCUGACGAUGCUAGACCCGUUCCAGACGCACUAUGGCCGCUGGUCGGGACUACUUUUCUGCGUACCAGCCGUCUUGGGCGAGAUCUUCUGGACGGCUGCCAUUUUAGCGGCCCUGGGUGACACGGCGAGCGUGAUUAUCAGGGUUGAGGCCUCGUACUUCAUCAUCAUUUCCGGUUCGGUAAUCUUCCUGUACACCGCAUUGGGCGGCCUCUACUCGGUCACGUACACGGAUGCCUUGCAGGUCGCCACCACCGGUCUACUUCUGUGGGCGUGCGUGCCUGCUUGCAUGUCCCACAAAGCAGUGGGCACCCUGGAUGCCCAGUACACCGACUGGAUCGGCACCGUCGCCGGCGAGGACAUCACUCAGCUCCUGGACUUUUUCCUUAUGACGGCACUCGGAGGAAUACCCUGGCAGGUCUACUUCCAGCGCGUGCUUUCCUGCCCAACCGUGACGGAGGCCAAGAUUCUUUCGUUCAUGGCCGCCAUCGGUUGCAUACUGCUCGCCGUGCCACCCGUCCUCAUAGGAGUUACCGCCAAACAUACCAACUUCACAAUCGCCGGCUAUCCGCAUUCGUACGAGCUGAACGACGUGGACAGCCCGCGGGUGCUGCCUUUCACAAUCGUGUAUCUGACUUCGGGCAUGACCGCCAUUUUCGGCCUAGUCAGUAUCGCGGCCGCUGUCAUGUCGUCUGCCGACUCCUCCAUGCUCAGCGCCUCCACAAUGAUCACCAGGAACGUCUACCAAACGCUUCUACGGCCGGCGGCCACGGAGUUGGAGGUUGUCAUCACACUGCGCAUCAUGAUCUGCGCAUUGGGCUCGCUGUCCGUCUACAUGGCGCUCUCGGUGAACUCUGUAUUCGACCUGUGGACACUCUGCUCGGACAUCGUCUACGUCCUACUCUUCCCGCAGCUCCUGUGCGUGUUUUACUUCAAGGAGACCAACGCGUACGGCUCAGUGAUGGCUUUCAUCGUGGGCGGUGUGUUCCGGUGCCUAUGCGGCGAGCCCUCCAUGAACAUACCCGUCGUGGUGCGCCUGCCCCUGUACGACCCGGUGGUGGGCCAGCGGUUCCCGUUUCGCCUGCUGUGCAUGGUCCUUGGGCUGUGCACCCUCCUGCUGGGCUCGUUCGUGGCUACCACAAUCUUCCGUCGUGGCCUGCUGCCCCUCCGCUUCGACGUGUUCAAAUGCUUCGUCAAGCGACAGCCAACGUCGCAUCUACGAAAUCGCUCGAUCGAUCAAGCCGCAGGGACGGCCAGCGCGGCCCCCUGA